AUGUCUGGCUAUAAGUAUGUAACAAAUCCGAAUAGCCUCUUUGUGGAGGAAGAUGUCGACGAUGAGACAUUCCUGAGGAAUUCCCGGACAAAUAACUACACAGAUGGUGGUGGUGCCAGUGCUGGGGCACAGUACAGCAAUACAAAUCCCUUUCUGCAGGAUGAUUUUGAGCAGCAACGGCAGAUGUAUGAGCAACGUAGGCGUGAGAUUGAGGAUAGGACGCUGCUGUCGUCUGAGCGGAGUCUGGGGCUGCUGUAUGAGACCGAACAGGUGGGCAUGGCAACGGCUGAGGAGUUGGCACGUCAGCGGGAGCAGUUGGAGAAUACGAGUAAGCAAUUGGAUGACAUCAAUUCAACGCUGCGCUUCAGCCAGAGGCAUCUCACGGGGCUGAAGAGUGUCUUUGGGGGCUUGAAGAACUACUUGUCGCGUCAGAAGGACUUUACACCACGCAUGAGCGCCUCACCGAGUGGCAGCAACAUUCACGAAACUGCUUCAUACCACGAACCCCUCAAGAUGACUCCACAGCAGCAAGCCCCAAUGAGCCCCGAGGAGCGCUACGAUAAUCAUCCGGUGAGUCGCUUGCGCAGUGACUAUGCCCCACAGAAGACAAUCCCCGGACCAGCUGACUUCAAUGCACGCCUCGAUCAAAAUCUCGACAGCAUGGCGGGUAGCCUUACGCGCCUCAAGGGCCUGGCCAUUGACCUCAAUUCAGAAAUUGACAGCCAGAAUGACCUCAUUGAUACCAUUACGAACAAAGUGGAGGACACAGACAUGAAGAUUGGCAAGCAGAAUCGCGACAUGUUCAAAUUGCUCGGGAAGAAGUGA